UUGAUUACUAUAAUUCAAGUAAUCGCUUCAUGUUUGGCUGACUUAUUUGAAAAGUACAGCAACAAAUGCAGAGUUUAAUUUAUUUAUUUGUUUUUGUUUAUAUUUCCUUAAUAUUUCAUCUAAUUUAAACAUUUUUGGUAAGCAUAUAUAGCAAUGUCCGUUCAAACUGCAUUUGGUGAAAAAAUAGACGAUUAUGAAGUACUGCAUUUACUUGGCAAAGGAGGAUUUGCAAGCGUCUAUAAAGCGCGAUGUUUGAAAACCAGUCAAAUGGUUGCCAUUAAAAUGAUUGACAAAAAAUUAAUCCAGGGCGCUGGAAUGGUAAACAGAGUGCGACAGGAAAUCGAAAUACAUUCACGGUUAAAGCAUCCUUCCGUUUUGGAGUUAUAUACAUUUUUUCAAGAUGCAAACUAUGUAUAUUUGGUGUUGGAAUUAGCCCAUAAUGGAGAAUUGCAACGCUAUAUGAAAGAGACAAUGCAUCGCCCAAUGAAGGAAUUCGAAGCUGCAAGUAUUUUGCGGCAAGUUGUUUCUGGAUUGCUGUAUUUGCAUUCGCAUCGGAUAAUGCAUCGCGAUAUCUCACUUUCAAACUUGCUAUUAAGCAAAGAUAUGCAUGUAAAAAUUGCAGAUUUUGGAUUAGCCGCGCAAUUAAAACAACCUGACGAACGUCAUGUAACAAUGUGUGGUACUCCGAAUUACAUAUCUCCAGAAGUUAUAGCUAGAACAUCGCACGGCCUACCAGCUGAUGUAUGGGGAUUGGGUUGUAUGUUUUAUACAUUGCUCGUUGGUCAACCGCCAUUUGAUACUGAUGCAGUGCAGGCCACUCUCAACAAAGUUGUUAUGUCUGAUUACUACGUACCGAAACAUUUAUCAUUUGAUGCUAUCGAUCUACUUGACAAAUUACUUAGAAAAAAUCCCAAUGAACGAAUUGCACUUGAGCAUGUGCUGCAGCACUCUUUCAUGGUCCGCUAUAAUGCUGAUAUAAUAUCAAGUAUUUGUCCUGCCGGUGCAUCACCCAGCUACAAUCACAGUGGUGCCAGUUGUGAUAGUGGUAUCUUAACGUUUACAAGCAGUAAUGCUUCCAACUCGUCACGUGUCUUAUGCUGUUCUCGAUCAGCAGACAAGUUUUCCAAUCGGCCUACGCAUGCCCAAUGCCUUCAAAUCGAAAAUACUGCGCAGCAGAAACUUUUAAAUUACAAUUCGUAUGACGACAUGCAAACAGAUCAAAAGUACGGAGAUUGGCAGUCUGCCCCCGUAUCAACAACCAACUCAAGCAGUUACCUAAAAGGAAACGAGGAAAACGAGUUUUUACCAAAUAAAAAAAGAUUUGACGUUACAACGGAGCGCAUAUCCGUGGCUCGACUUAAUACCGAACGACUGCUGCCAACGCGUUACAAAACGAAAACUGCUAUUAUGAGUAUUUUAUCUCAAGGUGAAGUGGUUAUAGAGUUUAUGAAAUAUAAGCCAAAAAUGAAUGAAGAUCGGAUUACCGAUAUUUGUUGGAUAUCGAAAGACGGUAUGCGCAUUAUUAUAUACCAGCCUGACCCCGGACGAGGUUUGCCCGUUACAGAUAGAGAACCGGAACUGCCGAUCACAUCGCCAGAUUGCAUUUUCAAUUAUGACAAUUUGCCUUCAAAGCACUGGAAAAAAUAUAUUUAUGCAGCGCGUUUUGUGAAUUUAGUGAAGAGUAAAACCCCUAAGGUGAUUUACUACAGCAACCUAGCGAAGUGCACUCUUAUGGAAAGUAAGGAAGAUUUUGAGGUUUGUUUUUAUUCAGAUGCAAAAGUUACACAAUCCCGAACCGAAGGCUUGAAAGUGUAUGAUCGCCAUAGUCGACAAAUAAAUCCUAGUCUACAACCACAAAUUGCUGAUCCUUUAAUUGAACAUCAAAAAUUGUGCUACAGUCACUGCUUGUCCGUAUGCGACGCCCUAGAAUUAAUAGAGAAAAAUGGUUCAAAUCGUUGCUUUCCUGUGGUUAUUGGACGCCGACCUAAUCCCGAGCCACGAUCUCAGUAUUCCUCUACGCAUAGCCGCGAUGUUGGCAAUGUUAUGCACUUUUCAACACCAAAAUUACUUCAAGGAAAUUCUAAAAAGUUUUCCACAACUCCUAUGUCUAAUGUCCGCGAUGAAACGUCCCGAAAUUUCCAAAAACAGCAGAAUGAAAUUGAAGAUUUUUCAUCGUCGAAGCAAAAUAUGGCGGUAAAGCAUAUCAACAUAGCUGACUUGGGUGUAGCUACAGAGUUAUCUCAUGGCGUUAUUCAACUGAAAUUUUAUGAUGGUUCGAUCAUAUCAAAAAUUCCGAGAGAACAAGGCGGUGGAGUUACGUUUACUCAAAGUAACGGACUUUCGACCCAUUUCAAUCUUCAGGACGAUCUACCUCUACAGGUUAGAGAUAAGCUAAGUUAUCUUUCGCUUGCUGAGAGGCAGUUGAAGUUAUCCACCGCAGAUUGCAUUUCCAAUGAUAUGACUAAUCAUACUACGCACAAUUUGAAUUAUAUGCCAAUAAGAACCGAACCUUUUAUUCAUCCAAUGAAGUUUUUUAGAUGAAACAUUUUAACGGAUAAUAUCUGAGAUAAGUGUAACAGUGUACAAAGGAUAUACUAUGCUCUAAGCAUUUUCAUAUUUUCGAACUAUCCGAUUCAACUAUUUUGAAUCGUUGUAUAAGUUUAUAUAUAUUUAGUACAAAUGCAAACACACCCUAAUUAAUUUGUAUUUUUGAACAAAUUAUAUAAGCAAUUUGUAUUUUAAUUUUUUAUUAUUUUUUUUCUUUUUUAUAUAUGUAUUUUAAAUUUAUGUACAUUGUUAAGAAUAGGUAUGAGUUUCCAUAUGAAUUUCUACAUGGAUUUUUACAUAAUUUCUAAUAAAAUGUUGCAUAUCUUUUUGUGGAGGCUAGCGACACACACACACACACACACACACACCACUCGCACAUAUACACACACACACACACUCGUACAUACACACUCACUCAGACAAGUAAGCAAAGAAGAUUGCAUUGACUUGUUUGUUCCAG